AUGCCGCAAAACGUCAGCUUUUUGUGUCUCCGAGCGCCCGACGUCGUGUACAACGCCCUCGACAGCGAGCCCAACAUCCCAACGCCAUCUGCGGAGAAGAGCGUCUUGCACGUGACUAAGAACCCGUGCACUCUAAGCUGGCGCAACCUCACCUACACUGUCGACGUCAAGAAAUCGACCAAGCACCCCGACGGCAAGAAAACCAUCCUGACGAAAGUCACCGGUCGGUGUGCACCUGGCGAGCUCACCGCGGUCAUGGGCCCGUCCGGUUCUGGCAAGACGACGCUGCUCGACAUUCUCGCCGACCGCAUUAGCUCCGGUACCAUCGAGGGAAGUAUCUCGCUGAACGGCGAGAAGCGUAACGUGAGAACUUUUCGGGCCGUGUCGAGCUACGUCGCGCAGGAGGACUCGCUGAUGGGGUCGUUCACAGUACUGGAGACGCUCGAGAUGGGGAUUUCAGGAGGUCAGAAGAGAAGACUGAGCAUCGCCAUCAAGCUGCUGUCGGAGCCGUCGAUCCUGUUGCUGGACGAACCGACGUCGGGUCUGGACUCCGCGUCGACGCACAACGUCAUGGAGUUCGUGUCGAGGUUGUGCCAGGAGAACAAGACGGUCAUCUGCACCAUCCACCAGCCUUCGUCCCUCGUGUACGACAUGUUCACCAACAUCGCCAUCAUGACCGCCGGCGAGACGGUCUACUUUGGGCCGCGCGAGCUCAUCAUCGACCAGUUCUCGGGAGCGGGCUACACUUGUCCGAUGUACAUGAACCCAGCCGAGUACUUCCUCAGUCUCGUCAACUCCGACUUCACUGGCCACGCUGACAUCAAAAAGCUCGUGCAGCGCUACGCAAUCAGCACGACGGCCUCCACUAUGCUGCAGAGCAUCGAGGCCGACAUCGCCGGAGUUCAUAAUGCUGCGCCGGUCCUCCCGAUGAAACCCCCAGCUCUCCGCCAAUUCUUCGUGCUCUUGGAGCGCAACUCGAUCAACAACGCCCGCAACCCGGGCAUCUACUGGGUCCGACUGGCCAUGUACAUGUUGCUGUCCUUCAUGGUGGGCACCAUGUACCUCUCCACCAACGACGACAUCUCCGAGCAGGAUAUGGUGCCGCUGCUGUUCUACGUGCAGACGUUCCUGGUCUUCAUGUCGGUGGCUGUUCUACCUUUCUUCAUGGAGCAGCGCGCGGUGUUCAUGCGGGAGCGCGCCAACAGCGGCCUCAACGUGUUCAGCUACGUGGUCGCCAACUUCAUCGCCACUCUACCGGGUAUCUUCCUGAUCGCAGCGGUCUCGACGUUCCUGGUCGUGCUGCUCUCGGGUCUCCACGGCUUCUGGUACUUCCUGCUCAACCUGUUCCUGGCGCUGGUGGUGGCUGAGUCGUUGAUGCACGUCAUUGGUGCCGCCGUGCCGCUCUACAUCAUCGGCAUCGCUCUGGGCGCUGGCAUCUACGGCAUGUUCAUGCUGUGCGAGGGCUUUAUGGUGCCCAAGUCGACGAUCCCGGACUACUGGAUCUGGUCCAACUACCUGGCUUUCCACUCGUACUCGUUCAAGUCGCUCGUGUUCGAGCACUUCAACCAGGUGGACACCCCGACGGCCAAGGCCAUCCUGCAGCGGCUGGACAUGGAGGACGUCGACACGCCGCAGAACAUGCUCAUCCUCGUGUGUUUCGCCAUCGGCCUGGAGAUCGUCUUCACCUUCAUCCUCUACAAGUUCCACACCGGACGACGGUAA